AUGGCUCUGAACAGUGGGAAGACGUAUACCAAUACAACCUAUGGGGAGUUUCAGUUUCACUUAAAUCCAGUAAGCAGGCAAAAGCGGGAGGAAGAUUUUGAAUGUCCUGUACCCGAUGGAUUAUUUGCUGAUCCUGCCACCUGCCGGCGUUUCUACAUAUGUUCUGGAGGCUAUCCUUUCAGCCAAACAUGUCCUCCUCCUCUUUACUUUGAUGAUGUUAAGAAGUUUUGUACCAGAAAAAAUAAAGAAUAUACUUGUGGGCCAGUUGAAUUAACCACCUCAGAGCCAACAACACCAGAUCCACUGGUGGCUCCAAAGUGCGACACUUCGCAAUGUCAACUCCCAGACUGCUUCUGUAGCUCCGAUGGUACCCAAAUUCCUGGAGGACUGAAUUCCGAAGAAACGCCACAGAUGAUCUUUUUGACAUUUGAUGGAGCUUUGAACUCUUUGAAUUAUUAUCACUACCGAGGAGUUCUAAAGGAAAACCGAACGAAUCCAAACGGCUGUCCUAUCAAAGCGACCUUUUUUGUGUCUCAUGAAUACUCUAGUUAUUUUUACCCUCAAAAAUUUUACUCCGAAGGUCAUGAACUUGGUGUUCAUUCUAUUAGCCACCGUCUUCCAGAAGAUUGGUGGUCGAAAGCUUCGUAUGAGAAUUGGACCGAAGAAAUGGUUGGACAAAGAGAAAUCCUUAUUAAGUUCGCGAACGUUUCCCGUGAUUCUGUUCUUGGCAGUCGGUCUCCUUUCUUGAAACCAGGUGGAAACAACAUGGCCACUAUGAUGUUCGACUAUGGUUUUGUGUACGAUUCCUCUAUUGUUGUACCUCAAUCGAAGACGCCUAUUUGGCCGUACACCCUGGAUUACCAGAUUCCUCAUCACUGCCUGUCUGAGACCUGUCCCACUCACUCCUUCCCUGGCAUCUGGGAAAUUCCCCUGAAUACGAUGUAUAGUGAAGAUGGCACAGGUGGACUAUGUGUCCUUGCUGACCAGUGCGUCCUUCCGAAUGACGAAAAGUUGGUCUUUGACUUCCUUAUGGAAAAUUUUCUUCGCCACUAUAAGACUAACAGAGCUCCUAUGGGACUUUUCUUCCAUGUCAACUGGUUUAACGAAAAAAUUAAAAUUCGAGCACUUAAUAAGUUCAUCGACCACCUUUUGGAAAAUUAUCGAAAUGUAUGGUUUGUCACUAUGCAGCAGGUCCUCCUGUGGAUGAGAAAUCCUGUCACUAGCAAAGAAGCCAGCAACAAAUAUAUUCCCUGGGCGUGUGAGAAACCCAAAAUUUCUUGUAACAUCCCAAAAACAUGUGCUGUCCCAUUCAGCAAGAACCGACCUUAUGAUGUGCGUUACAUGCAGACUUGCAUGAAAUGUCCUGUCCAGUAUCCUUGGGUUGGUAACUUUGAAGGAACCAAUAAUGGUCAAAAGAUUCUUGAUUUAACUGCUGGAGCAGAAAAUGAAGCCCUUAGAAAGAAAUAA